GUAGUGUUGUUCCUGAUUCAAAAUAUUGUGUCGCACUACACAUUCAGGUAUUGUCAUCGUUUGGGAGAGGAAGAUGAUCGCCAAUGGGUCACUCACAGAAAUUCCUUCUGCUCAAUAUAUUGGAUCAAACACAAGGCUGCACUUCAAACGUCUGAGGGUCUGUUGUAAAGCUCAAUGUGCCAAUGGGAAUGAUGUCAACUCCGUUAGCGUUGCACUAGGCAGAAGAAACGUCCUGGUACUUCCUGCUGCCGCAUCGUUGGUGUCCCUAUUCGCAGGAAGUCGACCUGCUCGCGCCAAUAUCGUACAGGACCUGGCGAAGGGGUUUGUGAGGCCAGACCUGGCAUCUGAGGAGGCCACCGUGGUCAUGAUGGAUGCCAGGGGGACACUCUAUGAGCUGAAGGAGCUGGCGGGGACCUCAAUGGAUAGCCAGGAGAGGUUCAAAGCGCGGCGGCUGCUCCCAGGCAUGGCCAAACGCCUGCGCGAGGUGGGCGUGGCAGCGCCGGUGUUGGCGGCUCUGGUGAGGGGGGCGCAGAAGGAGAGCGUUGUAUCAGAGAUGUACGGUGGAGCCGGUGGCGAGCGAGCAGCCACUGAUGAAGUGUACUCUGCCAUUGGAGAUAUCGUGACAAUCAGUGGGCGGACGAUCAGGAAAGAGGCGCAGGCAUCUCCCGAGCUGGCAGAGUCAGCCAUCAGGAAGAUCGAGGACCUGCUAGCCAGCCUGCCCCAGGAGGUUGUGGAAAAGGCAAAGGAGCUGCGUGCGCAGAGGAGAGUCAACACCGCUUGACUUGGCAUUGCUGAGAUUUUUUACUGCAAUUUUUGGGCCAUGCCGGCAACAAUUUUUUGUCAUUGGGAGAGGAAAUUUUUGUCUUUGAGUGAUGAUAUCUGUCGAUCUGUCUAAAGUAGAUGAAAUUCUGAGUGGGUCCGUCCUUUAGAGAGGGACCUUUUUUUUCUGGGAUCUUAGCUUGGACAACUUUGGAGAAAUUCGGUGGUUUGAUUUCAGCAAGCACCGAUAAACACAAUCCUAGGUUGUGGGGACAUGGAAAGGCGUUACAGAGCAUGCAACUCUUGCCACUUUGAAGCGUACACGGAUUUCAAUGGACUGAGGGCCUUGGGCAUCGAAAGUACUUCACUCAUGGGUUUCCACUUGUCAGCUAGUUCUCAAUC